GAACCGGAAGAGGAACUCAAAAUAUAUGCUUUGAAAAAAUUGAACGAAAUUGUCGAUCAAUUUUGGGCUGAAAUUUCUGAUGCUGUUCAAAAAAUUUGGUCUACUUAUACACCAGCGCAUUUUCGUUACAAGGGGCUCACUUUCUUGGGAUCUCCUUGUCUUGUCAUUCAUAGCGAAAUUCUUUACGAAGAUGAGAGCUUCCCCCAAAGACAAUUAUCCGCUCUUGUUGCUUCAAAGGUAAUGUGCAUUUUUCAUAUUAAAAAGAGCAAGAUCGCGUCAUUGCUGAUGUUUCGUUAUUCUAAUCCUCAGGUUUAUUACCAUUUGGGAGAAUUCGACGAUUCUUUGACUUUUGCAUUGGGUGCUGGCGAUUUGUUUGACGCGUCCUCUAAGCUAGAAUAUGCAAUUGGUAUCGCAUUGAAAGCCCGUAGAUUAGAUGUCUUUGAAGAGGCAAUAAACAAAGGCCCAUCUUCUGAACUCUUGGCCUAUGUUUUAGAUUUGAGUAUGACAUUGGUUCUCAAUUUAGAUUUUAGAAAUAAGGCUUUGUUAUUGAUGGCUUAUCAAAUUGCAUUUGACCUUGAAGAAAACGCUACUCAAGAGUUUCUUCAAAGAGUUAUAAAUGAAUUACCUGUUGGGUCAUCAUCGUCAUCUACUCAUCAUGAAAAACAAGAUGGUGAAGCUAUGGAAACUGACGAAACUGAAUCUGCUAGUCAACCGGAUGAAAAGUAUGUCCGCAUUCGUAAUAUAUUGUCUGGGGAAGAAUCUAUCAAAUUACACUUGGAAUUUUUGUAUCGAAAUAAUCAUACCGAUUUACUUAUUUUGAAAAACACUAAAGGACUCACUUUACUGCAACCAUAUUUACCACAAGACGGUGUAAAUGGAAGUUCAUAUUCAGAAGGCGGCUCGUUAUUCGCUCUGGGAUUAAUUCAUGCGAAUCAUGGUGCCGGUGUAUUGGAUUAUUUACGAAAUGCACUAAGAAAUACACAAACUGAAGUUCUUCAACAUGGUGCAUGCUUAGGUCUCGGUGCAGCUGGGAUGGCAACCGAAAAUAAUGGUAUUUUAUCAACAGUUCUCUUUAGCGAUAGUGCGGUUGCGGGAGAGGCCGCUGGAUUAGCUAUGGGACUUGUCAUGCUUGGUACCGCUUCAAAAAAAGCAAUAGAAGAGAUGCUACAAUAUGCACACGAAACUCAACAUGAAAAAAUUAUUCGAGGAUUGGCAAUCG